CACAAUUUUCAGCAGAGUGAACCUACUGUGUGUACCUGUACUGUGGUGGUAGUGGUGUCAAUUGUCCGAUUAUAUAUAUAUGUAUACACCGGAUUCCGGUACAGGAGCUAAGAAGAGGAGAGACAAAAGUCACGCAAUAUCCUCUUUGUCGGAUCGCACAUUUAUGUGGGAUCAUCAAAUUUAUAUGGGAAGGCUCUUUCCAUAUGUAUAUAGUUCAGUGGUGUUGAAUAUUGUAUUAUUUUCUGUAAUAAUGCGGCUUAUCAGGGAAUCCUUACGGAGCCCCUAAUUGUGCCUAGUGCGUCUAAUAUAUAUAUGGGCUUCUUCCUCCAGUUUUUAUUUCAACAAAUGAUCCUAUUCUCAAGAUACUCUCUGAGCAACAAAAUCUAACAGUACAUAAAAAUCGUUCUACAUCGAAUGUUGUCGAUUACAGGGUUAAUUAAAGGUUAGGGUUGUCGACUGGGAGCUCUCAGAUAAGGGAGAAGCCGGUGAAGCGAGGAUUAUUUUUCAUUUGAGCAGUGGACAAUAAACUGUGACUUCUUAAUAUCACUAUUCUAAGAUAUAGUGUACAUUUUUGAGAGGAACCAUUGUUCACUUUGAUUGAUUAUGAGUAAAACACCAGUUUCCAUUCUCCAAGAGAUGAUGGUGAAGCAAGGUAUGAUACCUGAUUAUGAGUUGAUACAUGAUGGUGGAGGCCGUCAUGUGAACACUUUCACAUAUCGGGUUAUAUGCGAUGGCCUCACUGCAACUGGUACAGGUCGUUGCAAAAAAGAAGCUAAACAUGAGGCUGCAACAGCUAUGUUAAUAGAGAUUGCUAAUCAUAGAAACUAUCCACAAUUACCAGCUGCCAAUACACCAGCAGUAUCUCCUUCAAGGUCACCAUUCCAUUCUGUUCCUCUUCCACCAAAAAUACCAGCAAAUGUACCUUUUGUCAAUGCUAUAGGUGAAUUACAGGAUUUAUGUGCUGAAAAUAAUUUAUUGGAACCGGAAUAUGUUCUUACUAAGGAUUCUGGACCACCACAUGCUAGAAUCUUCACUAUUCAAUGUAGGGUAUCUAGUUUUGUAGAAGAAGGAGUGGCAUCCACAAAAAAGCAAGCAAAGCACGAAGCUGCAAGAAAAAUGGUAGAACUAAUAAAAGAUCUUGUGAAUCAGGUAAAUAGCACAAAGGAUAAAGAAGAGUGUGCAAAAUCUUCAAAAUCGUCCAUAACAACUGAUCAAAUAGAAAUAGUGAAUAGAAGUGCGGAAGAAUGUUAUCAUGCAGUAACUAAAUCAAUAAGAAAGAUUAAUUUAGGUCUUAAGUGUUCUGAAUAUCACAUUAAAUGGAGAGAUUCUUUGGAGAUGGAUAAACGCAAUAAAAUAUUAAACGAAUUGCAUUGUAUACAUUUCAACGAAACUUAUGAUGAUGUAGAUCAAUUUAAUAAGAAAAUAGAAGAGACCUUAUCUAGACUAGAAAUCAUAUUAUCAGAGAUUAAUGUAACAAUCAAUAUAAAAGAUAUAAUUGCAGAAAAUAAUUAUUUUAUGAAAUCAAUAGAGCUCAUGACUUGUCCCAUUCUCACACAGAUUGGUAUGGGAAAAACUAAUCUAGAAGCUUUUAAGAAUGCCUUAUCCCAGAUGAUAGAAUGUUUAGAGUUGCUUUUGUCAUAAAAUAUGUGAUUGAAAUAGAAUUAAUAAAUAUAAAAAACAAAUUUUUAUAUAAUAUUAAUAAUAUUAAUUAAAAUUUUUUUUUGAAAAUUUCUUUUAUCAAUCUUAUAUCUUAUCAAAGAAAGAUUUGAGUUGAUGUAUCGAAUAUUUUUUUACUUCAUUACCUGAAAGUUUAAGAUGUGCUAAAAGGUUAAAGAUUGUAUUGUCUUAUUAUUUUUUUAUUAUUUUAAACAUAUGAAAACAAACAUUUUUGUUUAGAGAAUAUAGUUUUACAACUAUAUAAUAUUUAUAUAUAUAAAAUCUUGCUAUUCAGGGGAUUCACGCGUGCACGGAAUUUUUUGAUAUUAAUUCAUUUAAUUAUGCUUAAUAUAAGUCGAUAUGUGUGACAUAAUAUCAUUAAGUUUACUAAGAGGAAGAAAACAAUUUUAUUUUGUAAUUUAUAUUGUUUAUAUAUAUAAUUAGAUAGUAAUAGAGAAACAUUGAAAUACAUUGUCAUGUGAUCUUUUAUUUUGCUUUAAACAAUAUAUUUUAAUAUGUUUUGUAUUGGGAGCAGAAAUCAUUAAAAGAAUAAAAAAGAUAAUGAAAGGUUGUAUUUUGCAUAUAAAAUAAACAUUUUAAACACA